CGCACAUUUGUUACAUGAGUUGCCAUGCCAACAAACCCGUUGUCGUGAGUACAGCCAAUAUUUUGUACGUAUUUUAUACUGCACAAAAAAUUGCUGCACUUCACUUCAGAUACUGCCGCCAACAAAUAGUGAAACCUGAAUAAUUAAUUGAAUUUCGACUGAAUUUCGACAUGGAGGGACUAGCAUCAUCUCCAAGUCAGGCCAUGGAAGAUCAGGAUAACUCCGUUGACAAAAAUGAAGCUAUGUCGAAAGUUUUUGAGAACCCGUUGAUCCUCGACAUCAUCCUCGCCCAACUUAACAGGUUUGACUUGAAAACGUCCCGUCUCGUGUGUCGUGAGUGGGGCGACGUGGGUGCCACUAUAUUAGGAAAAUCGUCCAUUCUCCGAGUCAGUCACCUUUUCCGCUACUACGAAUCAAAAUUAUACCAGGUGACUCCCCUGCACCAAAAACUGAAGCAGCACCUCAUAAUCUAUAGCGAUUUCGACCCAUCCAUUCCACUAAAUAAGAAGGCCGACGUAAUUAUCAAACUGCUGACCCAGGUGUUUCAAGACCCACGUGAAAUUGCAAUUCGUGCCAGUGAAAAGACAACUGUCACCGAUUUUUUUAAUGCAAUAAGCAUGAUGACCUCGACAAGAAUUCAGUCCAUCUUCAUCGAUACUGUUAGUUACGGGGACGAAAUUAGGCCUCAAAUGGAUCUUAAAAUUCCCGCUCAGCCUAGCUUGACAUCACUCUCCUUCAAGGUUUAUUCUAACGUCGCACCCAACAACCCCAUCGAAUUUCAACCCUUUCUCCAACUUUUGAUCGACUCUGCACCAAAUUUAAAUUCUUUAGACAUCUGGACAUCUUUCUAUCCGAAUUUGGAGAAGUGCAGAAAUCUAAAAGUUCUGAAGUUUUCUUUUAACCAUUGCUACGAUGCGCCUUAUCCGUCUUUUAGCUUGGCUGAUGUGGUCAGGAUGUUAGUUCAGGUUAAGGAUUCCGUAACCGAGAUGAAAUUGAGUUAUGACAAUGGAGUUGUUUACAUUCCUCAGAAUUGUAACGUUCCCGUGAUGUCGAAACUUACCUCGCUCGCCAUUCACGCUGUAAAUGUGUACAAAAUUCGCGACUUUUUUGACGAAGAUCAUUUCCCGAAAUUGAAAAACUUCUCGCUCAGAAAUAAUUCAGUGGAUUUGAGGAUGUCAACUCAUCUAACUUUGUGGAAACGACACCGAGGAGUGGAAUCUCUUACCCUGACGAUUGACAGGCCUUGGUGGGAAGACGACCUUGCAGGUCAAAUCAUACACUUAUUUCCUGCCGUUAAGAAAUUUGAUUUGAAAAUUAAGGUCUCAUGUCGCAUUUCAAUUCAUGAGGUUGGCCGAAUGAUGGCUGCGUUUCAAGUCUGGGAUCUGGAAAAGGUUAAUGUUCUCGUGCAAUUUAUGUAUGAAUCUUCCUACUUGAUUGUAGUCCUUAAAAACAUGUCGACUUGGAAGGGCGUUAAACGUGUCCACUUCAAACAGGUUGACAUCAAGGAGGCCGACUUGUCUGCCUCCAUUCAAGACAUCAUCUUGCACAGUAGAGGACUUCAGAAUGUUAAAAUCUCGAGUUGUUUGGAACCGGAAAUCGCUAGAAAACGAAUCCAAUCCAUCUUUGAGGCUAGUGGUGUGCCCAUUCAGUUCACAUGAGGUACUUGCAUCGUCGUCGUUGGCGUGGUGUCCAUCCGCAAGAUCACCAUCAUCAUCCCCAUCGCUCUACGCAUAACCCCCCCCCCCCCACUAUCAUCAUCAUUAAUUAAGGAAGUAAGGAUUUGGGAAUAAGGGCCCCCGGUGGCCCUUAUGCAAUAUUUACAUUCCUUCAGUAUAAACAAAAUUGUUCUUUAAUCACGAUUUACGUUAAAAGCAAUGAAAAUGUAAAUACAUGAGAUUUCGUGUAGGAUCCUAAUAUUUAGAAUUACACUUCGUGGAAAAUAUUUAUAUGUACAGCUUAGCUAUGUAUUUCCAAGUCUUAUUGGGUAUUGCAGGCAAUGGGGUAAAAAUUAUCUAAUUUGAUAUCUACACAUGAAAAUAUCUAUCUAUCUAUAUUAUAAGCUGGAAAUGUCUUUUGGCAACGGAAGUGAAAGUUAUUUUCCGUGACGGAAGUGAAAGUGGAGAAAGUUAAGUUUCGAAUGGCGCGAAAAUUCAAAAUAAGUUACAAAUUCAGAUGGUGGUUAUCUUGGAGUUUUUGUUUGAAGUGGUUGUAUGAUGGUGCUUAUCUGGGAGUGGUUGUCUUAUGAUGGUUAUCUCGGGGUGAGGGUUAUCCGGGGUGGUUGUCUAAUUGCGGUUAUCUUGGGGGAGGGUUAUCUGGCAGGGGUUGUCUUAUGAUGGUUAUCUCGGGGUGCUUAUCCGGGGUGGUUGUCUGAUGGUGGUUAUCUUGAUGGGGAGGGUUAUCUGAGUGUUGUCUGAUGGUGCUUAUCUUGGAGUGAUUGUCCAAUGGGGUAAUUUGGGGCUGGUUUUCAUGGGGGGUUAUCUAUGGAGAUUAUCUUGGAGUGGUUAUCUGCGAUGGUUGUCUGAUGAAGGUUAUCUAACAGUGGCUAUCCUGUCCACUUUACUUUAAAGUAAAGUAAAAUUAAAGUGAAGUGAAAGUCAGUCACGGGUAUGCAGGAUUGGCCACUUUAGUCUAAAGUAAAGUAAAGUAAAGUGAAUAAAUGUAAAUACAUAAAUAUCCAUACAUAUCUAAAUACCAACACAAAAGCAUAUGUAUAGGUAUACAUUUAAAUACAUGCGCACUGUUACCUCA